AUGGCGGCGACCACGGCCGUGUUCCCACUGCGGCCGGUCACCCAUGUCAUCUUUGACAUGGAUGGCCUCCUUCUGGAUACCGAAAGGCUAUAUUCCGUGGUGUUUGAGGAAAUAUGUGGCCGUUAUAAGAAGAAGUACAGCUGGCAGGUGAAGUCUUUGGUGAUGGGCAAAAGGGCCUUAGAUGCGGCACAGACCAUAGUAGACGUCCUGCAGCUCCCCCUGUCCAAUCAGCAGUUUGUGGAGGAGAGCCAACGGAAGCUCAAGGAGCUCUUCCCCACUGCCGCGCUGAUGCCAGGGGCUGCAAGGCUGAUCCACCACCUGCGAAACCACAGCAUCCCCUCUGCGGUUGCCACUAGCUCCGGGACGGUGUCCUUCGAGAUGAAGACAAGCAGACACAAGGAAUUCUUCAGUCUGUUUCACCACAUCGUCCUGGGGGAUGAUCCCGAGCUGAAGAAGGGCAAGCCAGAGCCUGACAUCUUCCUUAUCUGUGCCAGGAGGUUUGUACCUGCUCCUCCCAUGGAAAGGUGCCUUGUCUUUGAAGAUGCUCCCAACGGGGUGGAGGCAGCCCUGGCGGCUGGAAUGCAGGUGGUCAUGGUUCCUGAUAGAAACAUAAGCCAAGACCUGACAAGAAGGGCCACCCUGGUGCUGAGCUCCCUGAAAGAUUUCCAGCCCCAGAUGUUUGGCCUACCUGCUUAUGACAGAGCAGGAGAGUCCUCCAAGCUGGCCUGA